AUGGCGACUUUUCAAAUAUUGCUGUGUUUUGCUUUUCAUUUUCUUCUUCUCUUUUCACUUCCUUUGGAGACUGCAACUUCAGAAACAACUGAGGGAAGAGCCCUUCUCAAAUGGAAGAACACCCUUGAAUUCAAUAAUACUGAUGUUCUUCAUUCUUGGUCUAUUGCUAAUCUUCACAACAUUUGUUGGAAUUGGACGGGUAUCACUUGCAACAAUGUUGGAGCUGUUUAUGAGAUAAAGCUAGACAAUUUCAGUCUCUCAGGUACACUUGAAAGCCUUCAUUUCAAUUCAUUUCCAAAUCUCACCCGUUUUAUCCUCAAUAAUAAUAGCUUCACUGGAUCAAUUCCAUAUGCUAUUGCUAACCUCUCCCAGCUAAUUUUCUUGGACCUCAGUUUCAAUCAUUUUGUAAGGUUUAUACCAUCAGAGAUUGGAAAAUUAACAAGGCUCCGGUUCUUGAACCUCGGAGGAAACCGUCUUGGUGGUACUAUUCCCUCCCAAAUAAGCUAUCUUCAACACCUGACUUCCCUCUCCUUGUUUGCCAAUUCAUUGACUGGCCAAAUUCCAGAAGCAAUGUUUUCCAAUUUGAGCAACCUUCAAACUUUUAAUUGUAGGGAGAAUAUGUUCCAUGGGCCAUUUCCAUCAAGUUUAGUCAAGCUAUCCAAGCUUAAACAACUUUACCUAAGUGGUAACAAUUUCUAUGGGUCAAUACCUCCUACAAUUGGGAAUCUAAGUUCACUAAAUAUCCUUGAUCUCAGUGAUAACAUGUUGCAAGGAAAUAUUCCAGAAACACUAUGUAAUCUUCACUCCCUUAACACUCUUUAUUUAUCUGACAAUACGUUUAGUGGUCUGAAUCCUCCAUGCCUUGGAAAUAUUACCUCACUAAGAGAUCUUUCACUAGAUUCCAAUGGGCUGCAUGAGAAUAUUCCUAGAAUACUAUGGAAUCUUCACUCUCUUGAAGGCCUUGAAUUAAAUUAUAAUUGUUUAGGUGAUGUAAUUCCUCAAUGCUUGGGGAAUAUAACAUCAUUAAAACGUCUUUCUCUUAGUUCCAACACAGUGCAAGGAAAUAUUCCAAGGACAUUGUGCAAUCUUCCUUCCCUGGAGUAUUUGUAUUUAUCUUUUGAUAAUUUGGGAGGUCCAAUCUCACGAUGUCUAGGAAAUAUAACUUCACUAAGAGAACUUUCACUCUAUUCUAACACUGGGCAAGGAAAUAUUCCAAAGUCACUUUGCAAUCUUCCCUCCCUCGAGUAUUUGGAUUUAUCUUUUGAUAAUUUGGGAGGCCCAAUUCCACAAUGUCUAGGAAAUGUAACUUCACUAAGAGAACUUUCACUCUAUUCUAACAUUGGGCAAGGAAAUAUUCCUGAGGCACUUUGCAAUCUUCCCUCUCUCGAGUAUUUAGAUUUAUCUUUUGAUCAUUUGGGAGGCCCAAUUUCACAAUGUCUAGGAAAUAUAACUUCACUAAGAAAACUUUCACUCAAUUCUAACACUGGGCAAGGAAAUAUUCCUGAGGCACUUUGCAAUCUUCCCUCCAUUGAGUUUCUAGUUUUGUGUAUUAAGAGUUGGGGAGGUUUGAUUCCACAAUGUUUUGGAAAUAUAACCUCACUGAGAUAUCUUAAUCUCUACUCCAACAUGUUGAAAGGAAGUAUUCCAAGAUCACUGUGCAAUCUUGAUUCCCUUGAGUUUAUGGAUUUAUCAAACAAUAGGUUGGAUGGUUUGAUCCCAUGGUGCUUUGGAAAUGUAUCCUCACUAAGAAAUCUUUAUCUGAACUCCAACAUGUUGAAAGGAAGUAUUCCAAGAUCACUAUGCAAUCUUGGUUCCCUUGAGCUUAUGGACUUAUCAAACAAUAGGUUGGAAGGUUUGAUCCCACGGUGCCUUGGAAAUAUAUCCUCACUAAGAAGUCUUUAUCUCAGAUCCAACAUGCUGAAAGGAAAUAUUCCAGGUUCACUAUGGAUAUGCCUUGAGGAUAUGGAUUUAUCAGACAAUAAUUUGGAAGGUUUGAUCCCAUGUUGCAUUGGAAAUAUAUCCUCACUAAGAUAUAUUAAUCUUGGCUCCAACAAGCUGAAAGGAAGUAUUCCAAGAUCACUAUGCAAUCUUCAACAAUCUCUUGAAGUGCUCAUUUUAUCCAAUAACACUUUGGAUGGCCCAAUUCCUCAAUGCCUGGGAAAAUUGAAAUUUUUGACAACUUUAAUUGUUUUUAAAAACAAGCUUAGAGGCAUGAUAGCUCCCACUCCACCUCCAACAUUUAGUAAUGGCACAGAUCAAACAACAAAUUCUAGUUUGAUUUAUGGGAUGGAUACAUGGUUGUGCAGUUUGAGUUCCUUGGAAUUUCUUGAUCUAUCAGACAACAAUUUACAUGGUCCAAUGCCUCAGUGUUUAGAGAACUUCAGCAAGGAACUUACUGUUAUUAAUUUUGCAAGAAAUCAAUUUCAGGGGUUUAUUCCGGGAGUUUGCAUAAACGGAAACAUCUUGGAGUAUUUCAAUUUGAAUGGUAAUCAAUUGGGAGGCCCACUGCCCCGAGGUUUGAGAAAUUGCAACAAACUUAAAUUUCUAGAUCUUGGAAACAACAAGUUUCAUGAUUCAUUCCCUCAUUGGUUAGAUACUCUUCUUGAUUUGCGUGUUCUUGUGUUGAGAUCUAAUCAUUUUUAUGGUGAAAUAGGCACUUCUAACACUACACUUCCAUUCCCAAAGCUGCAUAUAUUUGAUAUCUCAAACAAUGAAUUCAAUGGUCCUUUGCCAAGACAUUAUAUGGAGAACUUUGAAGCCAUGCAGAGGCCAAAUGAUGAUGAAAGUUUGUCAUCUUAUGAAGCUUCAAUAAGCCUAGUGUGGAAAGGGGUAGAGCUUCAAGUGGUGCAUUAUGAUAUCUGCACAUCCCUUGAUUUAUCCAGUAACUACUUCCACAGUGAGAUUCCAAAAUCUUUGGGAAGGUUAAUUCAAAUCCGAUUUCUUAAUCUUUCACACAAUCAGCUCACUGGUUAUAUUCCACCAUCACUUGGAAAUUUGACAAUUCUUGAGGCACUCGAUCUAUCAUCGAACAAACUAGUGGGCGAGAUCCCAGGACAACUUUCAAGAUCCUUGACAUUUCUUGCUGUACUAAAUCUUUCUUAUAAUAAUCUUUCUGGUCCUAUACCUAAUGGCCCAUAG